AUGGGAAAUUAUAGCGACUUGCCUCCGGAGCAACGUCCCGGCUACUUCAGCAACGGACAGGGACCUGCCUAUUCGUCGGCGCCGAGCGCAUCACCCGGCGGUGUCGCGUAUGCACCGCAAGGUAAUGUCCAGUACAGCACGCAGCAGUCAUGUGAUAUACGGCCGCAGCUCAUGCUGGGGGGAAGACACGAUGGGCGCAAAGUGGUUGAGAUGGUGCCUGGUGGAGGGAAGCUCAAUGCGCCGCCAUCCCCAGGCAUGCGCCCACACAGCCUGUCUGUGAGCGGUGGCCGGCCUGAUGGGCUCAACCAGCGCAUGGACAGGCUGUCGGUCAGUGGAAACCGGCCAGAUCUCCAGACAAUUGUGCCUGGAGGCAUGCCCGGAGGCUUUCCAGGGGGUGGACUGCCACCGCCGAGUCCGCUGCUCGAGGCGUACCAUGGCACGUAUCAGUCCAUCAGCCCAAUGCCACAGGCAAUCAUGCUGGAUGAUGACCUCGACCAUCUGCCUCCACUGGAUGGCCUUGCGCCCCGAGACUCUCGUCACAAAGGCCGUCGUCGUGCGCACUCUUCCUCUGGGCGCUCACCCAGCCCCGACUUCCGCAGUAAACCCAAAGACAGGCUCGCCCUCGAAGCCUACGGCGGUGGACGGGACUCGUAUGGCGGCAGGGAUGAGCGUGAAUCCUAUGGCGGCAGGGAUGGGCGUGAAUCCUACGGCGGCAGGGAUGGGCGUGAUUCCUACGGUGGCAGAGGAGGACGCGAUAGCAGCCGCGACCCGCCUCGCAAGAAAGAAGAGCGCCGCGCCCGCAUCUACGACGCAACCGACGACGCCCUCGCCCUCGUCGACUCUAUGGCCUCGCGCACCGUCGAUCCCGAGCCCAUCAUCGAGAUCCUCCCCGCCCUCUCGCACGACCAGAUGCUCGAGCUGCGCGCCGAAUACAAACGCCAUUGCAAAGUACAAGGCCGCGGUAUCAACAUUGCCAAACAUAUCAAGCUCAAGACGAGUGGAAAUUUCGGCAAGGCUGCAUACGUCACUGCGCUAGGCAAAUUCGAGGGAGAAGGAUACUGGGCAAACUAUUGGUACCAGAGCAACAGCGCAAAGCGCGAGCUCCUCAUCGAAGCGCUCAUGGGCCGCCAGAACUUCGAAAUGCGCGAGAUCAAAGACGCCUUCAAGGACAAACGCUACUCAGACUCCCUGGUCAAGUGCAUGGACAAGGAGCUCAAGGCCGACAAGUUUAGAAAAGCAGUCCUCCUGGCGCUCGAGGCGAACAGACAGGAGGAAUCCGACGUCUGGCCGCGCGAGUACCAGCAUCGCGAUGUCGAGACGCUGUAUCGCGCCAUCAAGGCGCGGGAGGGCGGCGAGACGGCGAUGCUAGAAGUCGUGAUUAUGCGCAGCGAUGCGCAUCUAAGAGAAGUUCUGAGGACGUAUGAGCGCACGUAUCAAUCCUCGUUUGCGCGGGACGCGCUUCGGAAGAGUAAUAACCUCGUCGGCGAAGUCAUAGCGCACAUCCUCAACGGCGUAAUCAAUCGCCCCGCGCGCGACGCCAUGCUGCUGCACCACGCGCUCAUGGACCUCAUCGAGCCGCCGUCCAACUCUGCAUCCGCCACAAGCAAGCAUGAGCGCCAGCAGCGCUUUGAACUGCUGAUUUCGCGGCUGGUUAGGCUGCAUUGGGACCGCAUGCAUCUUGCACGGGUGAAGAGCGAGUAUGAGGAGAAGUAUGGGCGCGUCGUCGAAGAAGAUGUGGAGGAGGCGACCAAGGGCGAUUUCAGGGAGUUUUGCAUUCAGCUCUGUCAGACGGGGCGGUGA